CAAACGAGUUAGGAGGUGCGGAGUGCGCGCUCGUUCAACGAUAUUAUAAAUUCAUUGCGGGGGUUCGGGGGCGGCACACCCCGGGUAGCGGGGUCCAAAGGGCGGCAGCCCCUGGCGGGUAAACGUCAAAAUAUACUCUAAAACCGCAGGAUGCUCUUCAAACUCGCGUCUAUCUUCUUCCCCACGCGAACGUACGCGUAUGUUUACGCGAAGGAUCAUGUCCGAUCAUGGAUUUUUCGAUUCUAUAAAAUAGAAUCUCGUGUGUUCUUCCUCCUAAAAUUCCAACAAAGAUCAAAGGAUACAAGUAAGAGUGGUUCCGGUCAAGGAACCAAGGACCAAAACAAAUCAGAAGGAUGAUGACAUCUCUUGGUGGGUUGAUUCGGGGGAAACAUGUCACGCGUGCAAGGACAAAAGAUGGUUUAGUUCGUUGGAAUCAAUGGACUAUGGAUCAGUGUUGUGCAUGGGAAACAUAGCCAUCGAACCUGUCAAGGGAAUUGGAAUAGUAAAACUUGUAUUCACUU